GGCAACACUCUCUUACACACACACACACACACACACAGACACACGCACGCACACACACACACACACACACACGCACACACACACGCACACACACACGCACACACACAGGCGCUAGACAGACAACAGAAGAGAGGAGCGUUGAGGAAGAAAAUACCGCGAAACAUUGGUGACAGGCAGACGAAAUUGAAAACUAUACCCGGUGUAAACAGGGUGGACCUUGACACUCCUAAUAUUAUUGUGAGAACGUUUCGACGCCAAUGUGGACGCCAGCAGAAAGCUAAUCACGGCAGUUUAGAUCGGGGGGUGGUGUGUGUGUGUGUGGGGGGGGUACCAUCUGUUCAUUUCUCAGUCGAGCGGUCAGAGAAAGAGUUGAUCGACAGCGCACUUCAAAUCCUGUUCCCCUCUUUUCAUAACCUUCCUGUUUUGACAUGCACUCUCCGACGAUGUAUGGAUGGUGACCCUACUCUUGGGAACAUUUCAGAUGUCCGCAGACUCCAAAAAAAACGGGUUCUCUGCUUUGAGACAAUGGAUUGUGGUUGUGGUGUGAAGGCUUCGCUGCUGCUACUGCUGUAACCGACCGGUGGAUCAUGGAAGGGGUACGUGCUUCUGAUGCGGGUUCGGGACAUUUUAUGGACCCUGCCAUGGGCGCCCAAGUGGCACAGAGUGCGACCAACAUAGCGGGAUUUAACAGCGAUGACACCCUGUUACCACUCACUGGAUCCCGGGCGUAUUUGGACGUUUCGCCAGCAGCAGGGCACCCGUUCUACGGAGGAUCGGAAGUAGUUUAUGCCAACGGGCGAUACAGAGAGCACUGCAGUCCAAGACUUGGAGGUAGAAGCCGCGAUAAUUCAGCCGAGCGAAGUCACGGAGCUGCAAACACACCUUGCGGCAUCAUGAAGGAUGGCUCCAAGCAGAGGCAAGUAAGGAAGAAGACCGUCUCCUUCAGCUCCAUGCCCAAUGACCGCAAGAUAAGCAGCACGGCCGCCUGCAUGGCCUUCAUGAUGGAGGGCUGCGAGAUGAAGAAAGUGCGCUCCAAUUCGCGCAUGUACAACCGCUACUUCCUGUUGGACCCUGACAUGCAUUGGCUCCGCUGGGAGCCCUCAAAGAAAGAUUCAGAUAAGGCCAAACUGGAGAUCAAGAGCAUCAAAGAGGUGCGCCUUGGGAAGAAGACACCGGUGUUGCGCAGCAAUGGUCUUUCGGAUCAGUUCCCUGAUGAGUGUGCUUUCUCUAUAAUCUACGGAGAUAACUAUGAGUCCCUAGACCUAGUGGGCAGCACUGCGGACGUUGUCAGUACGUGGGUGAUGGGGCUGAGAUAUUUGGUGUCGUAUGGCAGGCACCCUGUUGAUAUGGUGGAACAAAGCCAGCCUAGCCUGCGAACGUCCUGGAUCGGAUCUGUGUUUGAGCUCGCGGAUAUGGAGAAGGAUGGAUACAUAGACCUGUUCCGUGCCACCCAGAUCAUUAAAGGCCUCAACCCAGGCAUGAAAGAGUCCAGGAUAGAACUCAAGUUUAAGGAGCUCCAGAAGGCUAAAGACCAAUAUGGAGAAGAUAUUAACAUGGACACAUUUGUGGAGGCCUAUUGUGAGCUGUGCACGCGUCCAGAGAUUUUUUUCUUGCUGGUGCAGUUCUCCAGUAAUAAGGAGUAUUUGGACAGUAAGGACUUAAUGCUGUUUGUGGAGGUGGAGCAGGGAGUGGAGGGCGUUAAUGAAGACAUGUGCAGGGAAAUUGUUCAGAAGUUUGAGCCAUCCGCUGAAGGCAGGGAGCGAGGCUACCUCUCCAUCGACGGUUUCACUCACUACCUCCUUUCCUCCGAGUGCCACAUCUUUGAUCCCCAGCACAAGCGUGUGUGCCAAGACAUGACCCAACCUUUAUCCCAUUACUACAUCAACUCUUCACACAACGCGUCCCUUCUCGAAGACCACUUCUGGGGCUCGUCAGACAUAAGCAGCUACAUCCGAGCACUGCGGAUGGGCUGCCGUAGCCUGGAGGUCAUCGUAUGGGACGGACCAGAUAACGAACCAGUGGUGUACGUAGGGAGCUCUGUCGCCUCUCAGCUGGCUUUCUCUAAGGUGCUCGACAUCAUAAACCAGUAUGCUUUCGAGAGCUCAGAGUAUCCGCUAAUUCUUUGCUUGGUGACACACUGUUGCAUCCACCAGCAGAGGGUCAUUGCCCAGCACAUGAAGAAGAUCCUCGGAGACAAGCUGUACGUAGACCUUCCCAACAAAGAGGAGAUUUACCUGCCCUCCCCAGAACAACUCAGAGGGAAAAUCCUCAUCAAGGGUAAAAGGCUACCCCCCAGCUGUACUGAGACCGAAGGGGAUGUGACGGAUGAGGAGGAGGGUCUAGAGAUGUCACGGAGGUUAGGAGCCAAUGAGAAGGACCAGCUAAAUGGCUUGGGCAGGAGACUCAGGCUCUGUCGGGAGCUGUCUGACCUUGUUUCCCUCUGUAAGUCAGUUCAGUUCAGGGACUUUGACAUAUCCAAGAAAGAACAGAAAUACUGGGAAAUAUGCUCUUUCAACGAGGUGGACGCAAACAGGUUUGCCAAUGAAUUCCCAGAGGAUUUUGUCUGCUAUAACAAGCGCUUUCUCUCCAGGAUAUACCCCACACCCAUGCGGAUCGAUGCGAGUAACAUAAACCCCCAGGACUUCUGGAAAUGUGGCUGCCAGAUUGUGGCCAUGAACUACCAGACCCCCGGACUGAUGAUGGACCUGAACCUGGGCUGGUUCAGACAGAACGGGAACUGCGGCUAUGUGCUGCGGCCAGCCAUCAUGAGGGAGGAGGUGUCCUACUUCAGUGCAAACGCCCGAGACUCCCUCCCGGGGGUGUCUGCCCAGCUUCUCCACAUAAAGGUCAUCAGCGGGCAGAACCUGCCCAAGCCCCGUGGCUCCGCUGCCAAGGGCGAUGUGGUGGAGCCUUACAUCUACGCCGAGAUCCACGGCAUCCCCGCCGACUGUGCCGAGCAGAGAACGAAAACCGUGUCCCAGAACGGAGACAACCCUGUUUUUGACGAGAGCUUCGAGUUUCAGAUUAAUUUACCUGAACUGGCCGCACUCCGCUUCGUGGUGCUGGACGACGACUACAUCGGAGACGAGUUCAUCGGUCAGUACACCAUCCCUUUCGAGUGCCUGCAGCCCGGCUACAGACAUGUGCCCCUGCAGUCUCUGACUGGGGAGUUUCUGGCCAACACCACCUUGUUUGUUCACAUUGCUAUCACCAAUAGACGGGGAGGAGGCAAGGCCCAUAAGAGGGGACUAUCUGUGAGGAAGGGGCGUAAGACCCGGGAGUACACAUCCACCAAGACUACGGGCAUCAAGGUCGUGGAUGAGCUCUUCAGAGCCUCCACCCAGCCUCUCCGGGAAGCCACGGACCUGAGGGAGAACGUGCAGAAUGCCCUGGUGUCCUUCAAGGAGCUGUGCGGGCUGACGCCGGCGGCCAACAUGAAGCAGUGCAUCCUGACCGUGUCCACGUGGCUGAUGAACAGCGAGCGCGUGCUGCAGCUGACCGUGGACCUCAGUGAGACCUACCCCGCCAUGGAGGCCCAGGGCCCUGUGCCCGAGCUGCUGCGCAAAGUGCUCACCGCCUACGACAUGAUGAUCCAGACCAGCAAGACGCUGAUCGAGUCGGCCGACGUGGUCUACGCCAAGCUCACCCAGGCGCAGCGCGCAGGGCUUGACUUCCACGUGGACCUUCACCGCAUUGGGGCCAGAGAGGGCUUGAAGGGCCGCAAGCUGCAGAAGGCCAUGGAGAGCUACGCCUGGAACAUCACUGUGCUCAAGGGCCAGGCAGACCUGCUGAAGCACGCCAAGAACGAGGCGCUGGACACUCUGCGGCAGAUCCACUGCGCCGCCCAGUCCUGUGGCCUCAGCAAGAACGGGGCGGCGUCCCCCCCAGCUCCCGCCCCACCCUCUCCCCCCGGCCUCCCUCCACAGCAGCAGCACUCCCAGCAGAAGGCCCUAUCCCCUGCCCAGCCCCAGCCCCAGGCCCCUUCCCUGAAUGCCGCCACGCCCCAUCCCCAUCCCCAUCCCCAUCCCCACCACCUACCCCUACCCCUGCACCCGCCACCCCAGCCGCAGGCCCAAUCCCAGGCCUCGCCUCGGGCCUCCCUCCGGCCUCUGCCUCCCUCCGUUCCCCCUCCUUCUUUGAUCCCGUUUAUUCCCGCUUUCCCCCACCCCCCAGCGUAUUCCCCGGUCCAGCAUCCACCACAGACUGUACACCAGCCUCCACCACUAACUGUAGCCGGGCCUCCACCUCAAACCGUACCCCAACCUCCACCAAAGCCCCAGUCCCUGCCCCAGUCCCACCCUCCGCCCACGCCUCAAGCCCAGCUACAGCCCCAGUACCUACCCCACGCCCAACCUCCGACCCAGCCUCUGAGCCAGUCUCUGCCCCAGCCACAGCCCAAGCCUCUACCCCAGGCCCAGUUCCAACCGCAGACCCAACCCCAGGCCCAGCUUCAACCCAAGCUCCAGUCCAAGUUUCUACCCCAGACCCAGCUCCAACUGCAGGCCCAGUCCCAGCCUCUACCCCAGCUCCAGCCCCAGCUCCAGCCCCAGCUUCUACCCCAGCAGCAGAAGGCAGCAGGCCCAUCGGACCCGGUCCCCGAGAAGGAGCCAAUCAGAGAGCCUGCCGCUGGCUCCUGCUGA